AUGUCUUUUAUCGCCAAAUCUUUAUUUAACCAAACGACCGUAGCUCUCCUGCGCGGAUUAACACAACCUUCAACUCGGAACUUCUCAAAGAUUCGUUUGUUCAGAAGGAUCACUGGCAGCGCUUCUCACAAACUUUAUUCAACUGAAAAAAGCUCAAGACUUGAUGAAUUUGAACGUUUGAUUACAAAAGCUCGACGUCCAGUUCCUAGGAAGAGGAGACCUGUAACAGCUAACAUUACAAGAACGAUUAAAGAGCCGACAGUUGUGUCAAUUGCCUUAUCAGAAUCUAUCGAUUUGCAAGCCAUAUCUCAGGACCCUAGCAUAAAUAGUCUCUUUAAUGUUUCCUACAUAGACGAAGAGUUUGACAAUGCUUUGCAUUUCGUCAAGAAACUCGAAUAUAUCGUCAAUCCUGCGGAAUUAAGCGAGAUCUACGCCUUCGGUGAUGGAGUACUAGUGUUCUGGAAUGUUGAGCUGCCACAGAGAGUUCAAUUAAUGAGAGAUUUGGAGAAGUUCACAACUGGAUGUUACGAAUCAAGGACAGUUCUAGAAGAGCAGGAUCGUAUGCCGUUUAGUCUUUCCAAUGAAGAAAACUCUAUCAAACAUGAUCGUUUCAUUUUGAACUCGGAAAAGCAUGGCAAAAAUCACAGAGGGUUUGAUGCUAUUCUCGAGAGAUUUGCUAUGAGUCAAGCUUUUGCUGCAUCAGUGAAAAUUGGUGUUUGGGAGUGUUUGCUAAAUGAGUUAUCAGAGCCAUUGGCUGAUACGACAAAGUCCUUAAAAGAGGGGCGGAUUCCUUGGAACAGAAAAGAAACUCUUAUGAGAUCAGGAGAAUUUGCAGCUUUAAGGCAUUCUAUAAAUUUGGAUUGUGAUCUAUUGAACAGAGAUUUCUAUUGGGAAAGAAGUGAUAUCGAGAAGUACUACACACUCAGUGCUCGACACUUUACAUUAAGUAAACGUUUAACGCAACUUAAUAAUAGGUUAGACUACUGCGAAGGGUUAGUCAAGAUGGUUGAUAAUGUCUUAGCAUUACGUCAUGCUUCCACCCUGGAAUGGAUGAUCAUCAUCCUCAUUGUUAUUGAAGUUAUCUUCGACGUGUUCCACUUUGCAGACAGAACUCCGACACGGGUUGUGAUUGUGGAGGACAAAGAAGGAACUUCAGAUUGA